CUUCUGCCUUAAUCAUCUCGUAUGAGUACACAGCAGACACAGUCCUCCUUGGUGUGAGUUUGCGGGAUCGCUUCAGCCUACAGAUGGACACACAAGGGGCGAAGAAAAGACUAUAUUGGAGAUGGCAUGUGUGCCGUUUUGCGCUGUUCACUUGUUUCUUGGACGCAGUCUGGGGACAGAUCCGCUACUCAAUCCCUGAGGAACUGGAGCAUGGAGCGUUUGUUGGCAACAUUGCAGAGGACCUGGGUUUGGAUUUGGACAAGCUCUCUGCGCGCAGAUUCCGGAUAGUAUCGGGUGCCAAGAAGCAAUAUGUAGAGGUAAAUUUAGAAAACGGAGUUUUAUUUGUCAACGAAAGAAUUGAUCGUGAAGAACUAUGCGAGCAGAGUUUGUCCUGUUCUUUUCACUUGCAAGUUGUCAUAGAAAACCCUCUGGAACUGUACAGGGUAGAGAUGGAAAUUCUGGACGUGAACGACAACUCUCCCAGUUUCCCAUGGACCGAGUUUAAUCUGGACAUAUCGGAGUCCGCUGCACCAGGAUCACGUUUCCCACUUGAGAGCGCACAGGACUUAGACGUCGGAUCCAACUCGCUCCGCACCUAUUUGCUGAGUGUUAAUGAACAUUUCCUUUUGGAUAUACAGACGCGCAGUGAUGGCAGUAAAUUUGCAGAACUAGUCCUACAAACCCCGCUGGACAGAGAGCAGCAAAGUGCGCAUCAAAUGGUACUAACGGCGGUGGAUGGGGGCGCGCCGGAGAGAUCCGGCACUGCGCAAAUUGAUAUCACAGUUUUGGAUGCAAAUGAUAACGCGCCUGUGUUUGAUCAGUCGUUUUACAGAGUGAGGCUUGCUGAGAACGCACCCAAAGGCACCGUUGUCAUAAAACUCAAUGCGUCCGACUUAGAUGAGGGCCCCAAUGCUGAUAUCACAUAUUCGUUCAGUGGCCACGCUCCCAUCAAGGUGCGCCAGCUUUUCAGCGUAGACUCGCGCACUGGGGAAAUCAAAGUCAAAGGAGUGAUCGAUUAUGAAAAGGCCAGGAUGCAUGAAAUUUAUGUGCAGGCUAAAGAUAAAGGCCCCUCCGCUGUAGCAGUUCAUUGUAAAGUGCUGGUGAACGUUUUGGAUAAAAAUGACAACCUCCCAGAGGUGAUAUUGACAUCAGUCUCCACACCUGUGCAGGAGGACGCGCCCCCGGGGACGGUGAUAGCAGUCAUCAGCGUGAUGGACAAAGACUCAGGUGAAAACGGGAAUGUGGACUGUGAGAUCCCCCAUCACGUCCCGUUUCAGCUGCACUCAUCCUUUAAGAACUACUACACAUUAGUAACUUGUGAUUUUCUGGACAGAGAGGCAGUGGCAGAGUACAACAUCACCCUCACCGCCCGAGAUAUGGGCUCCCCACCUUUAUUCACCAGGAAAACUAUCUUGGUCCAAGUGUCUGAUGUGAAUGAUAACGCGCCUCACUUCAAACAGCCUUCAUAUACUGUGUAUUUGACAGAGAAUAACGCGCCCGGAGCAUCCAUUUGCUCUGUGACUGCUCUGGAUCCAGAUUCUGGUCAAAACGCAUACCUGUCUUACUCUAUACAGGAAGGUGACAUCCUGGGAAUGCCCGUGUCCACAUACGUGUCCAUCAACUCAGACAACGGUAACAUUUACGCGCUGCGAUCCUUUGACCACGAGCAACUUAAAAACUUUCAGAUCACAGUUCAAGCUCAAGACGCCGGUUUUCCGCCUCUGACCAACAACGUUUCCGUAAAUAUCUUUAUUUUGGACCAAAACGACAAUACACCUGUAAUCCUGUCACCAGUUCCCCAGAACGGCACGGCACCCAUCGAGGCAGUGCCCAGAUCAGCCGAUGCCGGUCACCUUGUCACCAAAAUCAGAGCGGUGGACGCAGACGCAGGGCAAAACUCGCGUCUUUUUUAUCAAAUGCUCCAAGCGACGGACCCGAGCUUGUUCAGCAUCGCUCUGUACACGGGCGAAAUCAGGACAAUACGCCAGUUGGUGGAGAAAGACCCCGCGAGGCACAGACUGGUCAUUCUCGUGAAGGACAAUGGUCAGCCACCCCUCUCGGCCACAGUUUCCAUCAUCCUGUCAGUGGUUGACAGCCUGCCAGAUUCGCAGCCCGAUUUGGGUGACCUGUCACUAAGCCCGCAUCACAGCUCCAACCUCACCCUGUACUUAAUCGUGUCUCUGGGCGCAAUCUCCUUCACAUUCCUGGUGGCUAUCAUCGUCCUGGUUGCGAUGCGGAGACUGAAGGGCAGGCCGUCCAACAGAGAGUCCAACUUCCCUUCCUCCAUCAGCGGGUGCUGCUGCUGCUGCUCUCGCUCCGAAACGUCCACCACCACGGAGGUGUUCAAAAAGUCCAACUUGAAUGUGAGGAUGUCCUCAGGCGCGUCCGGCUGCGCGGAGGCGAACAGCAACGGCGCCCUCCCUCAGGUGUACUGCUACAAAAUGUGUCUGACACCGGAAUCGUCCAAAAGCGACUUCAUGUUCCUCAAGCCUUGCAGUCCGGUAAUGUCAGUUCAACAGAAUAACGCCAAGAGCACAGAUUACCUGACUUCUGGCUGGAGCGCGCUGGACCGUAAUGAACUGGCCAACAACAGAGCAACAACCCCGAACGAGCUGAAGUAUUCCAACAAGGACUGGACCUGGACCAAGAACCAACGCAACUCAGCAUACAAGAGGUAUAGUUCGGGAAACAUGGAGGGCACGCUUUCGCGUCAACAGAAAUAUGAUGCCGAUGGGUUUUCCUGCUCUGUACCGCCCCAGUACUGGACCUGGGGAAACCAUAUGAAGGACUGCAAGAUGUCUCUUCAAGAGGGAGCAGUUCCUCACUACUCAUGGGCUCCGAAGUACACGCAGCCUCACUCUGAGCCACCAGAUUACCAGCACAAUGUAUACAUACCUGGCACCACGUCUGACUACAGUACUCUGAAGCUGGCACCCAGAGGAGAUCUGGAUGUGUACAACACUUUCUCUACUUUUGGAAAGAAAAAGAGAUUCAUCUCACACUAUGAACAGUCUAUUGACAGAGACGAUGGUCUCAUAAGCAAUGCCAUUUUCAAAUGAUACACCAGCUAGUUUGUAUUCUGUGUAUGCUAUAUAUGCCACCAACUAGUUCCAUUAACAACUUUAAAUUGCUUCUCCAGUGGAAGUAUUGCUCUCAGAGGCUGGCAGACUAUCGUUUCUCCAUUUUACAGUGGAAUUUAAUACCACUCAUUAACACAAGUAUAUUUUUAUUUUUGUAAAUACUGGAAUAAAGUAUAAAUAAAGUUAAUAAUAUCUAUUUUGAGGCAUAGUAGGAUCUCCAUGUAGCAGACUUUUCCAUCAUUAAGUUGUAGUGUAGUUUAAAGGCAGUAAACUGGAACAAAAAGAAAAAGACUUCUCUUGUCCAGCAGCGAGCUCAGUAUAACUGCUAUACUCAACAGCAAGCAGAACCUCUGUGGGCAUUAUUUUUCACAAAUGCUGCAAAUCCUGGUUGGAUAAUUAAGCUGUGCUACAGCUACGGUUGUCUUAUGAGUUCAGCUUCCACUGAGCUUCCAAUAAUGCCUGGCGCAUUUAGUGACAGGUCAUCUGUUCAAAAGGGUGAAUGCAGUCCAGGCACAAUGCACAAGCAAUGCAAGCAGAUGGUAGAGGCAACAUAAUACAAACGUUAUGCAGCACAGAUUCAUUUAGAACAGAAGAGCAGAUUUCAGAAAUAUGACACUGAAAUGAGGAGUGUAACCAUCAGAAAGUAAACAUCCAGGAAUCAGGAUUUAUUGUGUUGCCGGGAGUAGCAUCCCAUCUGUCAUUUUUUUCAUUUGGCUUGUGCAGAGUAUCAAAUUAUUUGACGCUCAGAAGGGCAAUAACACAGAUGGAACAGGUUAUAUGCAUUCCAGAUUUGUAUUCAUCAUUGUAUGGUAUGAAUUGUAUAUUUAAAGAUGAUUACACAGUUGUGCUUAAUGGGACUAA